AUGCUAGCAUUGAUAAAGUGGUAUUGCUUGAUGAAAACGAUGACCUCUGGGAUCGAAAAUCGUCACAAGCUUAUCGCUGUUGUUUCUCAAGGAGUUACGAAAGGGUUGAAAAAUUUUUCCAAAGAUCUGUCAAUGAUGAUCAAAAAGAUGCCACAAUAUCAGAAAGAACUGAAUAAAUUCAACACCCAUUUUCACUUGGAAGAAGAAUGUAUGCGCAAGUAUCAGCAAGGAAUCGAUAAACUUUGUAAAGUGGAGCAGGACUUAGCAUUGCAAGUUGAUGUAAAAGAUCCUAUAAAGUUAAUGGUACCGUUACUGAUUGACCCAGUAGUUGAACCACUCGAUCGCAUUACCGAGGAAAGUUUGGAUAAAUUUCUGCAACAUGCGAAUGUGGUGGAGAAAGACACACUGGCUAAUGCAAUGUUUUUGUGUUUGAAUAUAAUUAUGCAAGGACGCAAACGAUUUUGGACACCGAAUUGUAAAGAACGUCCCAAUGAACAGAUUUACCAAACUUCUCGAUGGGUUCCGUUUUGA